GAAAAACUGCAGUGAACAGAGCGGCCUUCAGUCAUACUGUGCAGCAGGGGGCGCUAAUGUGUUUUCAUGAGCUGUGAGUAAGAAGACAUAGGAGUUCAAACACUCAUGUAAACCAACUAACAACUUGUAAACAAGAUGAAAUAAGGUCUUCUGCGCCAUUAAUAUGACUUAUUAAUAUUCUGCUGAGCUUUUAGAAAUCGUUUCAAGAGCUGAAAUAUCCUUUCGAGCAACAUUAAGAAGUAGAUAAAUAGCACAUGAACGGUAAGACAUGUCAAAAGUAGAGAAAAGCAGUGAAACGGCGCAUCAUGAAUCAAAAAAGCUGCCUAUUUAUCAACACAAAGACAAACUCAUUCAGGCUGUGAAGGAAAACACCUUCCUGAUCGUGACGGGUGAAACUGGCAGCGGAAAAACAACUCAGCUCCCUCAGUACUUGUACAAAGCAGGUCUUUGCAGGAAGGGCAAGAUUGGUGUGACUCAGCCCAGGAGGGUUGCAGCCAUCACUGUAGCCCAGCGGGUGUCUCAAGAGAUGGGGGUCAGGCUGGGUGAGGAGGUGGGCUACCAAGUGCGCUUUGAUGACUGCUCAACCAAGGACACUGUGGUUAAAUACAUGACAGAUGGCUGUAUGCUGAGGGAGAUUCUUGCAGACCCCAGUUUAACACUGUACAGCAUUGUGAUUCUGGAUGAAGUCCAUGAGAGGAGCCUGAAUACAGAUGUUUUGCUUGGGUUACUCAAGAAGACCCUGUUAAAAGGGUCCCGUGGCCGCAAAACACCCCUCAAAGUGAUUGUGAUGUCGGCAACAUUAGAAACGGAAAAGCUCAGCUCUUUUUAUGGACACUGUCCCAUAUUUGCGAUUCCUGGGCGUACAUAUCCGGUGAAGGAGAAAUUCUGUAAUCUGAUUGGUCCAAAAGACAAAGAGAGUUCUGUCUAUGUCAAAGAGGUUGUAAAGGUGGCUUUAGAUGUGCACACAAAUGAAGCAGCCGGUGAUAUUUUGGUCUUCUUGACUGGACAAUCUGAAAUCGAGAAAGCCUGUGAUUUGCUUUUUGAGAAGGCUGAGGUCUUAGACUACCGUUACGAUGUCCAUGACCGAACUGUUGAAGGGCUUCUCAUCCUACCUUUGUAUGGAUCCAUGCCAACAGAUCAGCAAAGGCAAAUAUUUCAGCCUGCGCCAAAAGGUGUGAGGAAGUGUGUGGUAGCGACGAAUAUUGCUGCAACUUCACUCACUAUUGAUGGAAUCAGAUAUAUCGUUGACAGUGGAUUUGUGAAACAACUAAACCACAACUCAAGGGUUGGAUUGGAUAUUUUGGAAGUGGUACCAAUUUCAAAAAGCGAGGCUCAGCAGAGAGCGGGCAGAGCUGGACGAACAUCUGCAGGAAAAUGCUUCAGGAUUUACAGCAAAGACUUCUGGGACACAUGCAUGCCAGAGUACACCAUUCCAGAAAUUCAACGGACCAGUCUUACAUCUGUCAUUCUCACACUGAAAUGUCUCGGUGUCCAUGAUGUGAUUAGAUUUCCUUACCUUGACUGUCCAGAGGAGCGGUUUAUCCUGACCGCUCUGAAGCAGCUCUAUCAGUAUGAUGCCAUUGACAGGAGAGGUCAAGUGACCAGACUGGGGAGGUUGAUGGUGGAGUUCCCUCUUCCUCCAAAUCUUACUCGUGCUCUACUCAAAGCUGCCGCUCUCGGGUGUGAGGACAUAAUGCUGCCCGUAGCCGCCAUGCUGUCAGUAGAGAAUAUCUUCAUUCGACCAGGUAAACCAGAAGGACAAAAGGAAGCAGAGAUCCGACACAAAGAGAUAGCAGCAUCUGCUGGUGGCUCCAAUGAUUUCCUCAUGCUUCUCUGUGUCUUUGAGAAGUGCAGAGCAAGCGACCAUCCGUCUGCAUGGUGCAAAGAGAACUGGAUCCAUUGGCGAGCAGUGAAGUCAGCCUUCAGCGUUGAGACACAGCUAAGAGAGAUUCUUCUACGCCUGAAGCAGCAGAAAGACUUUCCACAUGAGACGUUUGAGGGCAGUAGAAGUGAACUGCUGCGCCAGUGCCUUUGCCUGGGUUAUUUCACCAAUGUAGCCAGGCGAUCCGUUGGGAAAUCAUUCUGCACCAUGGACGGACAUGGAUCUAGCAUUAUCAUUCACCCUUCAUCGUGUCUCUUUGGUCAAGAAUUGCAGCUGGAUUGGAUCAUCUUCCAUGACGUGUUGGUCACCUCACGGGUGUACGUGAGAACAGUUUGCCCCAUCCGUUACGAGUGGGUGCAGGACCUGUUGCCAAAGCUGCAUGAAAUCGAUGUCUUUGAGUUGAGUAGUGUCGCAAGGGAAGAAGUAACUGAUGAAGAAAUGGUCCAAUGGGAAAAGAAAGAGGCAGCAAAAAGACAAGCAGAGGCCACAGAGGAUGCGGCAAAGAAACUGGAAAAGAGAAAUGAUGAAAGCUCAAUCACAGAGGCUCGUGCUCGCUACUUGGAGCGGAAACAGCAUCGGCUACAAAGAAAGGGUACAUGAGAGGAUCAGAAUUUCACCACAGAUUCUGCAGCUGCUGAAUAGAAAUAUGAAAGACUUUAUAAUCUCAGAUUUCAGAACAUAAUCCUGGUUUACUGCCGCAGCACUCUGGUAUUGUGGAUUUUGAUAUGGCUCUUGAGUCACAAUGUGUAAUAAACACAUAUUUUAAAUCUUUUACGUAAAUAAAUAGUUUUUUUAAAUA